UUGUUUUACUUGUGUGUCUGUCUGUGGCUAGUCUGCAUUUGUGAGAAGGUACAAAGGCCAAAACUGGACUUGACCAGAGAUUCUUGCAUGAGUGUGAUGUUAAACUAACAGGUCUGCCUGUGAUCCUGUUAUUAGGAAGGGCUCAGCAGUGCCUGGGAGCCCAGGGAGCCACUGUCUGAGUCCCACGGGGUCAUCACCAAGAAACCACUGACUAUGAACGCCACAAAGGGAGGCCUGGUCAUUUUCACGGCCAACUCCAACCCAUCCAGCAGAGAGCUGGGUAAAAGGAUUGCCGAACGGUUGGGUGUGGAGCUUGGCAAGGUGCAGGUCUAUCAGGAGGCAAACAGAGAGACGCGGGUUCAGAUCCAAGAGUCUGUGCGUGGAAAAGAUGUCUUCAUCAUCCAGACUGUAUCAAAAGACGUUAAUACGACCAUCAUGGAGCUGCUCAUUAUGGUCUACGCCUGUAGGACCUCGUGUGCGCGGAACAUCAUCGGCGUCAUUCCAUACUUCCCUUACAGUAAACAGUGCAAAAUGAGGAAAAGAGGCUCCAUCGUCUCCAAACUGCUGGCCUCCAUGAUGUGUAAAGCAGGUCUGACUCAUCUCAUCACCAUGGAUUUGCACCAGAAGGAAAUCCAAGGUUUUUUUAACAUUCCAGUAGACAACCUGCGAGCAUCUCCGUUUCUGCUGCAGUACAUUCAGGAAGAGAUCCCUGACUAUAGAAACGCAGUAAUUGUGGCCAAAUCUCCAUCUUCGGCUAAACGGGCGCAGUCAUUCGCCGAAAGGCUCCGGCUGGGGAUCGCCGUGAUCCACGGCGAAGCACAGGACGCCGAGUCCGACCUCGUGGACGGACGACACUCUCCACCUACUGUCAAAAACAUCGGCGCUAUCCAUCCCAGCCUGGAGAUACCUCUACUCAUUCCAAAAGAAAAGCCUCCGAUAACUGUAGUGGGAGACGUGGGAGGUCGGAUCGCUAUCAUCGUGGACGAUAUUAUCGAUGAUGUGGACAGCUUCCUGGCAGCAGCCGAGACACUGAAGGAGCGAGGCGCUUAUAAAAUCUUCGUCAUGGCCACUCAUGGAAUCCUGUCUUCUGACGCGCCACGUCUGAUAGAGGAGUCCGCCAUAGAUGAGGUGGUCGUCACAAACACCAUCCCACACGAGAUCCAGAAACUGCAGUGUCCCAAGAUCAAGACAGUCGACAUCAGCAUGAUCCUGUCCGAAGCGAUUCGCCGCAUUCACAAUGGAGAGUCCAUGUCUUACCUGUUCCGCAACAUAGGCAUGGACGAUUGACGGCUUCAUCCCCUCCCGCUUCAUCACUGCCAGUUGUCAUGUGCACAAAAUCCUUCUUCUUUUCUCACAUUACCCAGUUCUAGUGGCCAAAACUAUUUAAAUUUUUCCUUCUGUACAUUUAAAAUGUGCUCAAAGGCCAUUCCAUUUAGUUUUUUUUUUUUUUUUGUACAACGCAUUUAUUUUUUCUUUAUUUAUUUCUCCUUUUUUUUUGUGUGCAAACCCUGUACACUGCAGUGUGGUUUUGAGAGAGGUUUGAAAAAGGGCAAAUUCACGACUAGUUGUUUUGGAUGAUUUGUUGUAGUAAUUUAAGGAGGGGGAAAAAACACUGGCUGUUUUUUUUUGUUUUUUUGUUUUUUGUAUGUUGUUUAAAUUUAAUGCCAAUUUGUACUUUAUGUAUUUUACCAUAGGGUUGAUUGUAAUUAGAAUGGCCAAUCAGGGUUAAAGUGCUUUCUUGUGUCACAUAAUUGACAGUCAUAUUUAUUGACUCUCUUCGGGGAGGAAGACUUCUUGUACACGGCCAAAAUUAACAAAUAUGUACACGACGAUUAGCGGCAUUAGCACUACUAUGCCAAAUAAUUGCCUCAUGACUUGUGUAAUCACUGUGCUACUGGAUACUGAAUUUGUGUAGUUUAUUGGGCAAAUUCUUUAAAAACGUUGACGCUCAAACUAAUAUUUUUCGACUGACCUUUUAAUGUGUAAAAUUUGAUUGUCGCUUGAACUAGAGGUAAACUGUCGGGUAGAAAUAUUUUUCAUGCUAAAAUGUUUAAUUUCAGCAUAUAAAGUCCAUUCGCUUUAUUAGCUCGAAGUCCAUAUAAACGAACUUGCUUCAAAACAAAUACUUCACAUUAUCAAUUUUUGCUUGACUUUAAAUUUUUCCUUUGACUUGAUGAUAUAAUAAUAAAUGUCACUGUUUGAUUAA